AUGAAACAACUGUAUAAUUACAUAGCGUCAGCAGAUGAUAAAUACCCUUUGUUUCGGACGAAGAUGGCUUUUAUGGGCGGUUACUGUGUUAGUUUUAUUGCUUGUGUGCUCGAAUAUGGCAGAGCGCAUAGACUAGGUUCGAGCCUAAAUAGUACGGGACUACAGUGUAUUAAAUACGUGCUCACUGGAACGUCUGCUGCAGUAUGUCACUCGUCUGUUUCCUUUAUAUCAGCAAAAGCUACAGGCCGAUCAGAUAGCUGGGUGAAUCAUGCACUUGGGGGAGCUGCUAGUGGUUUAGUCUGCACAUGGCAAUGUUCUAUGAAGGUACGUGCUACUACAUGCGUCGGAUUCGCAUUAAUGUCAGCUUUGGGUAAAUAUAAUGUGGAGUUCAGACAACGGUAUCCUGACUGGCAUAUUCCAGUAAUCGGAGAGUACACUCCAUCACCAUAUAUAUCUCUUAAUCACCGAUGGAUGUAUAAAGGUGCCAAACAACAAGAAGAAGAGCUGGAAAAACAUGUAUAA